AUGGAUGAAUCUGAUCUCCCUCGUUUUGACGUUGAUCUCGAGCCAGUUGGAGACACAAACUCUGUCUUCCGCUACCAAAAUGCCCCGGGCGAAAUUCAACGUUCAAUAAUCGUCGACCGCCACACGUCAGUCAGAUCCGAUCUCUCCAUACAAGGCAGCCUUGAGACAGUUAUCCAUGGCAACUAUUUGUCGAACGGCCCCAAAGCCACAUUGAUUAUUGCGCGGUUCCAGUUUAUGGGGUCCAAGCCUUCACGAAAAUUUUGUUCCGCGAACAUUUCUUUUAAAUUCCGAGAUGAAGAGGGUUCACUUAAGUUCUCGGUCGAUAAGAUUGCUCCCUCCGGUCAAUAUUGCCUCAAUCCAAGCUCUAGUCAGGAGGAGUCUAAAAUAGGCGUCGGUUUGAAUGCUGGUGUCAAUGCCAUCGGGGGUACUGCUGGUGGACAAACGACAUAUGAGAUCACCAAGAGUAUCGAGCGACAAGACAGCGGCUCCUUUUACGGGGUCUCGAAGACGGAAGGCCGAAACUACGGACCAAAGAACGCUGCUAAAUGGUCAAUGAGCCAAAACGAGGCUCAGAAAAAUGGAAUCCCGACUGCAUUACGUCUUGCAAUCCUGCUUAAACGUCAACAUGAUGGGCCUUUUUUUGCCGACAUAAAGGUUAAUGCUCAGGUGGACAUAUUAUAUAAUCUCGAAUGCCGUAUGCAUAACCUCAGUAGUUCGAACAAGAUUCAUCCAAUACUAUUCGACCCGAACCACCAUCACCCUGGCAAUAUUCCGGAGGGUAUCGACACUGAUUGCUUAUCACUCUAUCCUUUGGAAGACCUUGCAGGAAUCGAAGUUACGCGCCAGGCGCAUGCGGUUUAG